UCGACCAUGCCGCCCCAAAGUUCCAACUAGACUCCAACCAAACCAACUAAAUACUUUGCGCGGACCGUUGUGGCGUCGUCGAUUCUACGGUCAUCGGAUUAUGCGUUCUGCGUGCGUUUAAAAAUUAAAAACCAUAAAAAAAUCAGCAACAAGAGGCAAGAGAGGAAGCACAGAGACAAGAGUGGAGCAGCCGAGUAGAGGAGAGAAGUGAAGAGCAGAGAGCAACAAAAGCAGGAGCAUCCAUCAGCAAGUGGCAGUCCCAAACGAAGCCGUUUCAAGCAGCCCAUCAAAGUCCGUUACCGUUCCGUAGGGGAAACCAGCAACAAAGUCAGCAAACAGAGCAAAAAAAAAAUACACAAAUAUGUCGAGCGAUUCGAGUCGGCGUAUCCAAGUGCCCGAGGAGCUGAAGGAGGUCCUUUUGCAGUUCUCCAUUGCGUAUUUGGUGGAGCAGCCCCCAGAUGUGAUCGACUAUGCCGCUGAUUAUUUCAAUAAGCUGCAGGCCAAUCGUCCGGCCCCGGCCAAUCAGGAUCACAGUCAGGAUGAUCAGCAGAGCAUCAACUCCCAGGAUGGAGAAGAGCCACCAGUAAUGCAAAACUCACGCCGCAAAUCAGUCUUUGCCGAGGCGUACGAUCCGGAGGCGGAUGAUGAUGAUGAGGGAGCCACUGCCAUAUUCCCCAAAACAGAUGAACAGCGAGCCCGACUGGUGGAGUCGGUGAAAAAUGUUCUCCUCUUCCGUUCGCUUGAAAAGGAACAGAUGAACCAAGUGCUGGAUGCGAUGUUCGAGAGGAAAGUUCAGCCGGGCGACUAUAUCAUACGCCAGGGCGACGAUGGCGAUAACUUUUAUGUUAUUGAAUCGGGCAUCUACAAAGUCUAUAUUAAUGACAAGCACAUUAACACCUACAAUCACACUGGACUUUUCGGCGAAUUAGCGCUGCUCUACAAUAUGCCCAGGGCGGCCACCGUGCAGGCGGAAACCAACGGUCUUCUGUGGGCCAUGGACCGUCAGACCUUCCGACGCAUUCUCCUGAAGUCUGCAUUCAAGAAGCGAAAAAUGUACGAGGAGUUGUUGAACAACGUGCCCAUGCUCAAGGCCUUGCAGAACUAUGAACGCAUGAAUCUGGCAGAUGCUUUGAUCACAAAGAGCUUCGAAUCCGGUGAACGCAUCAUCAAGCAGGGUGACGCUGCCGAUGGCAUGUACUUCAUUGAGGAGGGCACCGUGUCCGUGCGCAUGGAUCAGGACGAUGCCGAGGUGGAGAUAUCACAGCUGGGCAAGGGCCAGUACUUUGGUGAACUGGCGCUGGUGACACAUCGGCCACGUGCCGCUUCCGUUUACGCCACGGGCGGCCAUGUCCGACUUGCAUUCCUCGAUGUCAGGGCAUUCGAGCGUUUGCUGGGACCUUGCAUGGAUAUUAUGAAGCGCAACAUUGAUGACUACGAGUCACAGUUGGUGAAGAUAUUUGGCAGCAAAAACAAUAUCACCGAUACACGAUAAAAAGUCUGAACCACCAAUAAAUCAAUCAAUCAACCAGCCACCAUAACCAACUAUAGCUAUGACAACAAAUACAGCAGGAACAACAACCAACAACAAACACCUGCGAAAAAAAAGAACACUUGCAGGCUUCAUAGGAUUUUAAUUAGGAUUUCAUUUGGAAAUAUGAGCAAUACCACACCACACCACAGGAACAGACAAGAAACAAAAAAACAAGAAUAACCAAUCAGCAAACAAAGCACAAAUACCAAACAUAUACGAGUACCCACAACACACAAGGACACAAAAAUCAUUACAACUUAAACAUGAAUAUUUAAUUGAUAACUGAAAUUUAAUCUAUAAUAAUAUGCUAAAUAUAAUGAUAAAGAUCAUUCAUGAUGAUGAUAAUGAUGAUGAUGGUGGGAUAUUAUGUUGAUCAUGUUGAGAUUGAGAAGCUUUGCAAAUGUUUCAAACUUAAGAAAUGAGAUAUCAAACAAGUUAAGAAUUGUAUUGUAUGUACGAGUAUUUAGCAAUUGUAAUUUGUAAUGUAAUUUGUAUUCAAUUGAGCGUAAAAUGGUCUCGGAUUCGAACAACAACAGACCAGAACAGUACAGUACAGUACAGCAUUAGUAAAACGAUUGGCGGCUGCUCAACGGAAGGAAUCUACUGUUAAAUCUGCUUAUUUAAGUUUUGUUUAUUCAUAUAUUUUUGUUGUUAUCAAUUGAUUUAUACAUAAUUUAGUCAUAGUGCACUUAUUCUUUCCUUGGCUGCUAACUAUUCGAUCAGCGAAACGCAAAUAUAAAUAUAUCAACUAAGAGCAAAUUGAACACACACACACACACACAUCAAGCAACAAGUUUUAUAUCAUCAGCAGAUCGAAAGAGGAUAAAUACUACAUACAUAUACAUACAUAUACAAAUAUUUAAAAGAAA